AUGGAUGCCUAUGAGAAACUCGAGUGUAUUGGUGCGGGGACCUACGGUCAAGUGUAUAUGGCCAAGGAUAAAGCGACGGGAAACGUCGUAGCUAUCAAGAAAAUUCGUAGUCUAAAUGAGGUCCAAGGGCUGCCAGUGACCACGAUUCGGGAAAUUAAAGUUCUUAAAUGCCUUAACCAUCCUAGCAUUGUGGACAUGAAAGAAGUGGUAGUCUCAUCCGAGAAUGACGAUGACGAUGCCGAGUUUACAGAGAAAGAUGAACCGCUUGAUUAUUGUCAUGGAUCUAUUUACUUGGUGUUGGAGUACCUAGAACACGACUUGACAGGUUUAAUUGACCGUCAGCACUUUUUUGAUGAUACCGAGAUCAAGUGCUUGAUGAAGCAAUUGCUAGAAGUUAUGAAAUAUAUGCAUUCUAUCGACAUUAUUCAUCGAGAUAUUAAAUGUUCUAAUCUUUUAAUGACGAGGGAUCACUUGCUAAAGGUAGCAGACUUUGGCUUAGCGCGCUCUUUGCGUGGAGACCAGCUUUUUACCAACAAAGUGGUCACACUGUGGUACCGCCCACCAGAGCUGCUUCUUGGUGCUACAAGCUAUGAUGCUAGUAUUGACAUGUGGAGUAUUGGUUGCGUGUUUGCUGAAUUAUAUAUCGGUCAUCCCAUAUUUCAAGGCAAGACAGAACUUGAGCAAAUAACGAAGAUCUUCGACAUUUGCGGAACCCCAACAACCGAGUCGUGGCCAGAUUACAAGUUUCUGACACAUAGUAGCACGUUUGUCCCUGACAAACCAAAACCUAAGCGUUUGCGUGAACAUUUAAUGCGCGAAACUUCAGCAAGAAAGAGAAUCUUGCCAAAAGGGGCUCUAGAGUUGAUUGAGGCGCUUCUCGUUCUGGACCCGGAACAGCGUCUAACUGCAGGUGACUGCCUUAAAACGCUGUACUUUCAAGCUCGUCCUUAUGCUCCGGAUGAUCCAAGGAAGCUUCCUCCAAUCACAAAUCUUCCUCCGUCUCACGAAUACCAGACGAAAAAAAUUCGGCGCGAGCAGGCCAAACAGCAAAACAGUGGAGCUAUAAGUAGUCACAAUAACGUUGGAGUCAGUAGUGGACGAGCAUCACGACCAAAUAGUCCACUCAGAUCAAGCGGUGGAGGUCGUUCAAGACAAAGUCAUCCGAGAGAAAGAGACAGCACAGAAGUGUCGGUGAAAACCGAAAUGAAGAGAGAGGAAGACCAGUCAUUAUCCGCCAAAAAACGGCGACGACUAGCAUAG